CACUCUUUCUGUCACCACCACAAUCAUGUCUCAAUCUCGUAUCUUGUUCGUCUAUACGUCUGCCGACAAAACUCUCCGGGGGCAUCAGACGGGGUGGUAUCUCCCCGAGGCGGCGCACCCAUACCAUGUUCUCGCCCCCCACUUUCCGAUUGACUUCGCCUCACCUGCAGGUCCGAACCCUCCCAUUGAUCAGGGGAGCAUCGAAAUGUUCAAAGACGAACAAAGCGUAAAAUUCCUCGAAGACCCCGCUGUCAAGGCCCUCUUGGCAAAUGCGAAGCCUUUGAAGGAUGUCAAUGUUGACGAAUACAUUGCCAUCUUUUAUGUCGGUGGACACGGUCCUGUACUUGAUCUUGCGACGGAUCACGCAAACAUCGAACUGGCGAAUAAGUUCUAUCGGUCGGGCAAGAUUGUGUCUGCUGUCUGUCACGGACCUGCUGCUCUGGUGGGCGUGACGGGCGCUGACGGCAAAUCAAUCUUCGACGGCAAGGCUGCCACUUGCCUCACCAAUGUUGAGGAAGAACAGGUUGACAAAGUGAAGGAUAUCCCAUUCCUGGUCGAAGACCGCAUUGUCUCUCUCGGGGGAAAGUUCGAAAAAGCGGAACCUUGGGGUGUCAAAGUCGUCCAAUCAGGCACGCUCCUCACAGGCCAGAAUCCCGCUUCGGCUGGACCUCUUGGGGAAGCGAUCCUUAAAGCUUUGAAGGCGUAAAAGAAGAAUUGUGUAGGGACGAAUCACUGUACGAUUGGUCAGAAGUUUUUUGAAGCAGCACCAUGGCUAUAUUGUUCUAUGCCGUUACCAUGAACAUAUCCAGAUAUUGACA